AUGACUGAAAAUAUUAAUAUUCGACGAGACGAUGAUAUUAAUGAGGAUAUUAACGAGGAUGACUCUCGUUAUUUCAUCCCCGUCACUGAAAGUGAUACGGAUCGCGAUUUAUUGUUCCAUUAUGUGUUCAAGUCUGUCCUUAAAGGAAACUAUAUCAGCCCUAUUGAUAAGUCCACCCUGAAGUUAUGGUGGUGGCUCUUGGAUGAUGGAAAUGGCAACCCUCGUACUCCUGAGGCGGUCUAUCCUAAUAAUUGUACUUUUGAGAAAGGUGACUUUCUCAAAAAACUUCCUUAUCCAGACAACAUGUUUGACUUGGUUCACAUUAGAUUGACAUUAGUUUGGCUUCCUAUCGGUAACUUACUCGAGGAAAUUGCUAGAGAUCAAGAUGUUUCGUCUUGUCCAGUUAAUGCCGGUCCACUAAUGACCUGCUUAGUUAAGGCUUGGAAAGACAUUCAAGUCUCGAAAAAUAUCGAUGUUGAUCUCUUGGCUAACUUGGAUCAAAUAUUGAUUAAAAAAGGAUUUGAAGAUGUCCAAACCAAAAAAUAUCCCGUACCAAUGGGAAAAUGGGCCGGCAUGGUUGGUGAAUUUUUCCUGUCGGCAUUCAAACUGUUCACUAUCAGUACUGCCUCGCUCACCUCUGGCCAUUUAGGCCACCUAAGCCUUCAAACUGAAGAUGAGUAUGCUGAACUGGUUCAGAAACUUGGAGCUGAAUGUGAAGAAUAUCAACCUGUCAUUAGCAUUCAUGCCGGGUUCGCCAAAAAAAUUUAA